UUCCAGUUUAAAUAUAAUUUUCAGUUAUUCGCACUUUUGGUGAAGCUUUAAUGUAGGUAAAAUAACAUGUCGAAUUUUUACGGUAACGUCGAACCACCAGAGACAAACGAAAACGUUUAUGAGGAGUAUAUAAAUCACGCCGGGUCAUCUGUGGCCACGGGACAAGAUAACAGACAGACUAUUAAUAUAGACAAUGCUUGCAAGAAAAAUCCGGAAAGGAAGAAUCGAAAAAUUAGUUGCUGUAACAUCGCCAUAACUACAGUUCUCAUCUUAACGUUUGGACUAGCAGCAUGCGGAAUGAUUUUUGUCGUGCAGAAUAAUAAUAGAGUCCAAAAGAUGAUGAAAGGUAUGUACUCUUCACUUCUAACUUACCUAUUGGUUUGAAAGGAUUUUGUAUUUGUAUCAAAUUCAACUUCUGAAUAUAGAGUGCUAUAAUAUUUUUCAUUUGAACCUGUAGAACUGGAAGUGAAAAUUGAGAAUCUUAUGACCAAAGUAAAGCGCAAUUUGUUAAAUAAGAAUUUUUUUUAGAAUGGCAUUACAAUUAAGAUGAUCAUGUUUACGAUAUUCUAAUUCAAUGGAAUACAGAAGACGCAUUUUAUUUUAGUGAAGUUCCUAUUAUAUCUAUAUAUUGUAACUCAGCUACAUUUAUGAUACUAACAAAAGUUGAAUUGA